AUGUCCGACAGCACGUCUCAACCACCUGACACCAAGAUGGAGGUUACCGAGGACCUCGAUCCGUCCGUCGAGAACGAGAUCAACCAUGACGCGACGCAAGCAGACGCCAUGAACCUCGACGGCGCAAACGAUGAUACACCCACUGUGAAUGGAGUUCCCGAGCCCAAUGCUGCGUUUGAACAACGCAUACCCGCGAAGAAAGACGCCACGCUUCGUGAGUUCCUAGGCAAGAUGGACGAGUAUGCGCCCAUCAUACCUGAUGCAGUGACUAACUACUACUUGACGCGCGCCGGUCUACCUCCUCCGCCUCAGACGUCGCAGCACCUCGCCCGUCUCCUGGCCCUUGCGACACAAAAGUUUAUCGCAGAUAUCGCAGCCGACGCGUACCAGUUCUCGCGCAUUCGAACGUCCAACACUACCAGCAACAACCCUAUGGGUGGACUGGGCGGCGCGGCAGGAGCACCCGGUGCAGCAGCUCCUGCGCAAGGCGGCAAGGACAGUGGAUCGAAAGCCAAAGACUACAACCUUGGCAUCCAGAGACCGGGGUACGGUGGUGGAGGCCAGGGUGGCAGCCAAGGGCGGACAGUGCUCACCAUGGAAGACCUUGGUAUGGCUGUUGGGGAGUACGGCGUCAACAUCAAGCGCGGUGAGUUCUACCGGUAG